AGUCAAUUUGAAGUAGCAGUAGCAGUAGCGGUGGCUUGUUCACGUUCGCGAGUGACCAGCAGUUGAAUUUUGGACAAUUUGCUUGCAAUAGACUUUAGUUGAUUCACCAUGGAUGCGGUCAUGGAAGUCGAUGAGAGUGCGGAGGUAGCUCCCAAGGAAAAUCCCAUGGAAUUGGAAUCAGAAGAGGGGGAGUUAUCGGACGACGAUGGGGAGAUUCAAGAAGCAGAUGUCCUGGAAGAUGCUUCUUCCACUGACCCUCUCAAGAAGCCUGAGAUACCAGAAAUCCGCGUAUUCUGUCCCCUGGAGUCUGAUAUGAAAAUUCAAAAUCGAGCGGGAGGAUUCAUCACAGGCAUUGACGUUUUUGGAAAAGAAGAACAGGCCAGACUUGUAGAGCGGGCAAAGAGAUUUGGUCUCGACACUUCUCAAUCCAAUUUAAUAACAGAGCAUUCCUUAAAGAAAUUGUACCGCAGUGUCGGUGUCAAAGAAGGUGAUGAUAAGGAAUUCAAGUUUGACUCUCUGCAAAUGCACGGCACUGAGGCCAUGAGUACUCAAGAUGUGUUUGAAUACUUUAAGGACUAUGCCCCAACUUCCAUUGAGUGGAUAAAUGAUGAAUCAUGCAAUGUGGUGUGGCUAGACAAUUUAUCAGCCAUUCGUGCACUAUUGGGUAUUUCUAAACCUAUUAAGAAUUUGAACAAGUUAAGAGAUCAAGAGCCAAGCAAAGAAAAGUCCCCCUCAAAGAUAAAGAAAGAAAAAGAUGAUGAAAAUAAGUCUGGUGAAGACAGUGAUGUGAUUAUGAUUGAAGAUGAAGCGGAGACUGCUGCCAAACAAGCAGCUAAGCUACUAGAUGAAGAGUUGGCUGCUGAUCCGGAGGCUAUAGAUGCUUUGGAAUUGAACAUGCAUAUUCCACCUGGGCAAUGGCGUAAAGGUGACACUCAUCCUAACUCUGACGGGAUUCUCCUACGUUUCUGUCCGCGACACCCAAAAACAAGAGAGGACGGCCCCAAAAGGCUUCCUCAACCCGUCUUUGGUAUGGUUGGUCUUGUGUCCAAAUCUCGCAAGCAACGCAUUAAAGAAGGUCUUCUGGUACGCCCCAAGAUGUUCCAUGAUGACAUGGGUGAUGAACGGGACUUUGUCAUCAGCUCUGAUGAGGAGGAUGGCCGGAAUCCUUGGGGAACUCUAGCAAAGAGUUGGAGCAACAUUGAUCGUUCCAGACGUCCCCCUGCGCCAGUAGAUGAUGAUUUGUUCGGACCACGUCUCCCCCCAGGUCUACCCCCUAUGCAUCGUAUGCCUCCAUCAAUGCCUCUCCCACCUCAUUCUAUAUUGAAUAGAAUUGGUGUAAGACCAGAAAAACUUUCUACUCAGAGCAGAAGAAAACGGUCUAAGUCACGGUCACACUCACCGUCACUUUCCCCAAUUGUGGCUAAGACAAAGUCUGCUAUUCAUGCUAGACUCCAUGGAAAAAGACGAAAGAGAGAUGAGGAUGAUUCUGAUGACUCUGCCUUUUCGGGUAGUGAAAGUGACAAUGAGUCUUGGUCUCGAAAGAGCAAAAUACCCCGUAUGAGGAUGUAUGCUGAUGAAGAAGAAGUGAAGGUUAAGGAAAGAACAAAGCUGCAAGCACGAAGAAGGUUGGGUUCACAAAGUCAAAUGCACUCUGGUCCUGAGAAAAGCGUUGAUUUGCGUGAUCGUCUUGGAAGGGAUGGAGCCAGGCAUGGCGGUUCAUCAAGGACAGAAAGCAGUCAUUCACAACGAUGGAGAUCUGACCUCUCAGAUAGAGUAGUUCGAUCUGAGCGUGUCAAGAGCCAUUCUCGUCCAAAGCCCACCGUCAAGAGCGUAGCAUCAUCCGUUUGGUCUCGACUAUCUACUGACAGAGGGAUAAGAAUUAAACAUGAAGAAGAAUCUAGUGCAUCAGAUAGUGAACAUAGUGACACUACUAGUAGUAGUCAGGAAAAUCUCCAAAUUACCCGGACUUUGAGAGACGAAAGUGAUGAAGACGAAAGUUCUCAGUCAGAGUCAGAUAGUAGCAGUGAAGAAUAUUCUUCCAGUGAACAAGAAAGUGAGGAAUCAAGACCCCAGGGAGAUCUAAGGUCAAGACUAGGAUUCAAGCAAGCAUCCAGCAAGAGUCGCAGUAGAAGUAAGAAGAGCUCAAAGAGCUCCAAAAGCACAACUAAUCUUCCAAAACAGAGAUCACCCCUUCGUAUUGAAAUUGACAAUGAUGAAUAUUACCGAUCUCAAAAGGACAAUAGUUAAAAUAUUUGAUUGUACAACCCCUUCCUUAAAGUUCCAAUUAAGUCUGUUCAAGUUAGUGCUCAUAGGACAUUACAAAUUAUGUUUACAAUUUUGUUAACGUGGAGAAGUUAAUAAGAUUUUUUUGUGACAAUUUUUAUUGUGGUUUUAACUGAUUUGUGUAAUUUUUGAUUGCUGAUUUAGAAGAGGGCCAAUCAAGAGUCGGUGCCCCUGCCUUUGUUUAAUCAUUGUGGUCAACAAAUUAGUGUAAAUGAGUUCAAUAAUUCUUAAUCUAUUGAGACAUCUUUUUCAGAUAGUUCUAUAUUUCCUUCAGUGCUUUGUCUUGGGUGUGAGAUGAAUGGUUACUUUUUAAGAAGUAAAUUUGACAGCUUUGAGAUUUAUGUCUAUGUAUGUGAUACAUAUUGAGUUCUUCCGAAGAAUUUCUGUCUAACCUUUUGUUGUUAAACGAAUUUACAACGAUUUUUUUUCUGUGAAAACUUAUCAUAGUUCUGGCUUAUGAUGAGUCAUAAUUUUUGUUUACCAAUAUUACUUUGUUAGUUUUGGUGAUGGAGGCUUGUGUACUUUGGGAUGUACAUAUUUGAUACAUAUGAUGUAGACCUUUUGAUAAAAUUUGUGUCCUACCUGUUACUGAGCCUUCAUCACUCCAAGAGCAACUUUAAUGCAGGUUCAAGUCAAUUUCCUUUUCUCUAGAAGAGUAGAGAACUCAUUAUUAAAUAAUGUUCAUAUUUACAAUUGCAGUUUUAUUAACCAUAUGCAUUCAUUAAUACUGAAAAGUAGCAAAAGCCUAAUAUUAAUAUAAAAUUGGUCCUCAUUUUCAAUAGUGGCAAAGAUUGCAGUUCAACAACAAAUUGUGUGGAUGUGGUGAAAAAAGCCUGCCCAGCAGAAUUACUGUGUGGCACC